ACGUGCGCUCUACAUUUAUAGUACUGGUGCAAACUUCAUAUUCAUAUUGAGUGAAAUAUCUCCAAAAUUCAGCUUUAGAUCUUUGAGGUUCAAAAUGGACGAAGAAGAUCUCGCUCCGGGUGGGAAAAGUGUUGCGGAGUAUGCUACGUAUGAAGACUUUCUGUCCUCUCAAGUCACGGAACUGGACAUGUUCUACCUGGAAGACGUCAAUAUGGCGCGAAAGUUGGUGGAAUUGGGCUACCGAGGCGCUCGCGAGGGCUUCAGUAGGGAGCAGUUUGAAGCCACUAAAGCGGCCAUAGAGGCAAAGAAACAGGCGGCAAGGCAGAUGCAGAAACAUGUCUUCAGUGCUGGAAAAGAGUUUGAGGACGGAAUGCUCCGAGCCUUACAGCAGAGAGAGGAGGCGAAUAGAACUGGCAAACAGGCGUCCAUCUUUUUCAUCAGAGAUUACAACGAGUUUGGCCAAGAAAUAUCCGGAUAUGUAGAUUAUUCUCAUCGCCUGGCCACCGAAGACUUUGAACCUAUCUUCAACUUACGAAAGAAAUUCCUCCCAAAACAGACAGACCUGAGCUUCUUCAACUGGGAGACCAUGCGGGUCAUGAGCAAAAAUUCUCCUAAUUAUGAGGUCAUCGCCAAAUCCCCAAACGGCAUGUUAUUUCGCAACAGGCGGGAUAGCAAGAUCGUGAAUGUUGACCCUUACAUUUACUCGCCCGGAGACAAUUCAUCACGUACGGUCGUCUCUACUAAAGAGUACAUCAGUGUCGUCAUCUUCGAUCAUUACAACCGCCGGAAAACUUAGAGAGGUCGUCCACGGCGAUUGGGUGUGUCCAAUGUUAUCAAUUUUUUGGGUAUGGGGGUUCAAAUUGACUGACUUGUCCCUCAAAGGGAAAAUACUACAAGAUGGACAAGAAAACUAGUAGUAGUAGUAGCAGCAGCAGCAGCAGCAGCAGCAGCAGCAGCAACUAAAAGUCGGUAACAUCAGAAUCAACAAGGACUUUUAAAACAGAGCAAUGCAUACAUUAACAAUAAAAUAAUAGUAAUAAUAAUAAUAACAAUAACAAUAGUAAUAAUAAUAAUAAUUAUAAUGUAUUAUACUGUUAUGAUGACAACAAAAUCACAACAGCUUCAAAAGCAGUAGCAACAACUUCUCCUAAACAAAGCAACAAAACGACACAACUUACACUUUGGUACACACCUUAUUCGUGGAGGCAAACACAACUUAUUUUUACAGUCAUUUUGUAUACAUUUACGAAUACCAUUUACUAUUUUCAUCUUAGGGAGACAAUGAACGCCCUUCCAAAGGUUGUUACAAGGGUUAAUCUAUUAACUAUAGCCAACGUUUGUAUUAUAAUAUGUUAUUAGUUAUCUCAGUUUUAUUCUUUUAAUUUUUUAACAAGUUUACAGUUUAUACUGCCUUUAUGUGUAAAUAAAAUAACACUACCCCUGAGUAAUGGCGUUUUCGUUUGCGUCAUUUUGAUUAAGCAAGGUCAUUUUAGAACAGAAAUCUCAUUUUAAAGAGGACCGCCACCCGGGUGAGAAUAACCCAUGUCUCGCUAUUCUCACCCCCCCCCCCCCCCUUUUCCCUGGUGAGAAUAGCUCCCACCCCGGUGUGGGCAUGAGAGGUGAGGACUCCUCCCUGGCUUACGGCAUGUGGUUGGGAACGAAUAGAUCUAAUAAUAAUGUAAAAACAUUUUCCACAUCUCCAGUAAAAAAAAAAAAAAAGGCCCACUACCGACACUGAGCGGGAUGUGGCACCGGCUGCCGGCCAGACCAUUCGUUGUUUACAAAUAACGAUGCUAGCCUCUAUCUGCACACAUGGUUUAAGGAACAGAGAGAGUGUACGAACGUAACGAGACACGAGCUCCAGACCAUGCUAUUGCACGACGGUUGAAAGGUUGUAAAUAAAUCAGACCAAAUGGACGAGGGCGUUAAAUCGUGUUAACUAAUUUAAUAAUUUUAAACAAUCCAAGC